UUACGAUAAGAACAGUGAAACACACGGGAUGACAAUAUUGACACAAAACAGCAAACUUCCUCAUUUACAUUGCACAUUUUUUUUUGGAAUAGAAACCAAGUCCCCUUUUCAAUAUAAUUCGAGGUCAAGAUACUGAAACUUGACUAAGCCUAUAAGAUAUGUUUCAUCUAAAUAGGGUAAAAAACUAUACCAGUUAAAUAUCUGACUAUAUAAACUUUUUUUAAGUGUCUUCUAUGCUGUUGAACUAAUUCAUUCAUACGAAGCAGUUGAGCUUUAGCUGACACUUUCUGGAAAUUCAUUUACUGCUCUGGAAAGUGAUGAAUUCAAGGAUGAUUUUUAGCAUCUUUCAAACGUGUGUUUUAAUAUUUAUUUAUUUUAUGAGUGAUUGCAUUUGCACUGAAGGAAAUAAAACAUCCAUACAAAUGGGAAAAAAUAAUACAGUUGGAAGAACUGCAAGGGUUUCAAUUUUUCAAUUGGUGUCUCAGUUAUCAGCCACUGAUAAUUGCAAAGUUUCAUCUGGAUUAAUGGGGACUUGUUUAUCAGCACAGGAUUGCAUAAAAAGAGGCGGUAGAGGAAUUGAGACUUGUGCAUGGGGACUUGGAAUGUGUUGCGUUUACGCGUCUUCAUGUGGAACUACAUCGACUGCAAAUAUGACGUAUUUUACUAGUCCUGGUUACCCUAAUACAUGGACCAGUAACAGUGGAGUUUGCAGUUUUACUGUGCGACCAAAACUGUUUUCAAAAAUAUGCCAAUUAAAAUUGGAUUUCGAAGAAUUCUACAUUGCGGGACCAACAUCUGGUAUGUGCUCUACUGAUCUUUUUGCAGUAAAUGGCCAAGAUUUAAAUAGCAUUGCACCAGUCAUAUGUGGUCAAAAUACGGGACAGCAUAUGUACUUACAAGUAAGCAGCAGUACAGGUCCUUUUCGUUUUACUGUAACAACAUCUGGGGAGAGCGACAAAAGAAAAUGGAGGAUUCGAAUUACUCAAAUACCUUGUGGAAGCACCGCUAUGGCUCCUACUCAUUGUCUUCAGUAUUACACAGGAGCUGUAGGUCGUUUUCAAUCUUUUAAUUAUGGAAAUAUCGAUACCAAUGAAGACACGUAUUUUAUAAACAUGAACUAUGCAAUAUGCUUAAGAAAAGAAGUUGCUAUGUGUGGUGCUAUCUUCAACGCUGAAGGAAGCUUUAAUGUCAAUGUAUGGAGUACAACAAACCCAGCUGAUGCCUGUAAGAUGGAGUAUUUAAGCUUUGGUACUGAUAGAAAGUGUGGAUAUUUUCCUGAGGGCAAAUUUAACGCUACAAAGUUGGGUAAUACUGGACCUAUGGUUAUUACAUUUGCGAGUGACGAUAAACACCAGGAAGAUGCAACCAGUCCAAUACAUGAUACUGGUUUUAGUUUCAAGUAUACACAAUAUUCUUGUUCAUCAGGCUUAUAAACUGCAUCAUUUUCUUUAUUUAAAUAUUGGUACUAAGUUACUUUGGUGCUAUAAACUUAAUAUACCAUUUUAUAAUCAUGAAGUAUAUAUAAUUUCAUUAUCAUUGAUUUUUGUACUCAAUAAUAUAAAUAAAUAUGUUUUAAAAUAGA